AUGCCCGACCUAACUCUAGUCUCCGAUUUCUGGAUGAGGGUGCACCUGUCGCCAGUGGCAGGAGAGAGGGCUCCCCUCCGAUGGUGCACGCCCCAGGACCACCUGGUGAACUUCCCCUCCUCGCAGGGCCUGGGCCUGCACGCGCUGCGGGAGCUCCUGGCCUCCAACCCGCACUCCGUGCUGGGGCGCCUCGGCCCGCAGCGGGUCUACGACCUGUUCAGCCCGCGGGGCGACGACGGGCCCCCCGCAGGCUUCCUGCACGGCUUCCUGCGCUGGAAG